GGCGCGGGGGCCGCCGGGAAGAGCGUUCGCACCGGAAGUCGGCGGCCCGGCUCGGCCUCGCGGUGGGCUGCUCCGCCCGGGAAGCGGCGUCCCCCCCCCCAGCGGCGCCCGGAGCUGCGGGAGGAAAGAUUUGAAGAGGCUUCCGAAACGCGGAUUGUGACCUUUUUUCCCCAAAACCACCUUUCUAUUGUGCAGUAUUUGCUGGGAAAAAAAUGUUUGGAAGAUUGACUUUUUCACAACUGCUUUUUGCUAGCGUCCUGGGGAUUGCCAGCGGACUGUACAUUUAUCAACCAAUAUUUGAACAGUAUUCCAAAGACCAGAAGGAACUGAAAGAAAAGCUGAAAUUGGCACAGGAGUCAGAAGAGAAGAGAAGUGAGAACUACACGGCCGUUAAGUGAACUGUGAAGUGCUUGGCCCUGCCGAAGUGAUACUGUCACUGUGAAUAAUCUGGAAAGAUUCCUCAAAUGUGCUUUAAGAAAUAAAUCAUAGAUAAUGAUUCC